AUGCAUCCAAAGGGAGCCAAGCGCUCGGCACCCGACGGCGACCAGAGCACCGCGGGCUCCGACGGUCUGUCCGCCGUCAGGGUCGAGCCAAAGGCGCUCAACCGAAAGCCACCGUGCGACCAGAUCCCGUUCCCGGACACGCUCCGGUCCACGCUCGCGGCCGGAGUGCCGGCGGCAAGGCACGCGCAGCCCGGCGGUGGUGCGACUCCGUCCCUCGAGGCGGGCGGCAAGUUCAGCGGGACGGCGGGCGCAGCCUCUGAGGGCGGCGGCGGCGCCUGCAGCUCGCACGGCAGCGCCGCCGGCCACGGCGCUGGCGUCAACGGCGGCGUCAAUGGCGGCACCAACCUCGGCAAGCGCGCCAACCUCAGCAAAGGCAGCAACGGCAUCGGCAAGGGUGCCGGCCACGACUCCUCCGGCGGCGCAAACGGCGCGAGCGACGCAAACGGCGCAAACGGCGCAAACGGCGCAAACGGCACACAUGGAGCUCACGGCACAAACGGUGUGGAGAGUGAGGAGGGCACAGAUGGCGGCGGCGGUGGCGGCGGCGGCGGGGGGGGGGCGGCGCGGCGACGCGCGCCGCAGCGGGCGGCGGCCAUCAGCGCCGAGGCUCACAUGGCGGCGAUGGCGGUGCCGGGGCUGCGCGGCGAGGCGGCCAUGGACAUGGAGGCGCUCGGCAGCUACGCGGGCGUGGUGACGCGGGCGAGCGGGAUGCACGUCCAGGUCCUCUUUGACGAGGACCAGCAGCGGUACUGGUUCCCGGCCGACCGUGUGCAGCACUGGCUCGUGUCGCUAGACGCCGGAGACGGACCUACAGCCCCGCCCUUCCAAGACGCGGACUCGCCGCUGUUCGACUGCAUUGCAGCCGCACUCGCUGUACUCGCCGCCGUUGGGAUCACGUGGGGUAGCGGGCUCCUCUCGCCACUCGGCGCAGAGACAGAGCUGCCGCCGCCGCCGCCGCCCUCCAAGCCCUGCCAGAAGAGGAAGGGGCGGCCGUCGCCAGCAGGGUGGCCGAGCGGCGGCGGCGGUGGCGGCGGCGGGUUGGCGGCGGGUGGCGAUGGCGCGGCGGCGGACGGCGACGGCGGCGGCGAUGGCGAUGGCGACGGCGACGGCGACGGCGAUGGCGAGUUCACUAUUGAGGAGUUCUCCACGCGCGAUGAGCUGCUGCUGCAUGGGGCUCCGGCGCGCCAGUGA